UGAGGUCUGAGCGCUGUAUAGCGGAGGGGAGGCGAGCAGCAUCAGCGCAGGCUGGAGAGCGGAGUCGAGCGGGAGGCCGGGCAGGCGAGGCCUUGGCCAGCGGGAGGAAGGAAGGAAGGAGGAGGAGGAGGAAGAAGAGGAGGAGGAGGAAGAGGAGAGCCACUCUCGGAGGCGGCAGUCUUGGUGGCCGAGCGCAGGAGGAGGAGGAGGCAUCGCGGCGAAGGAUGUGGAAGAGAAGGAAGAGCUGACCCUGCUCAAUGUUGCCUCCGCCGCAACAUUGAGGAGUGAAGUGUCGCUCCCUCUCUUCCUCCUCCUCCUCCUCCUCUUCUUCUUCCUCCUCCUCCUCUUCUUCCUCCCUUUCCUUCCCCAGCUGUCGUUGAACCUGCCUCGAUCCGCUUUCCCUGGAGACAUCCCACCUCCUUCUCCUUUCUCUCUCUCUGCGGGCUCUGUUAUUGUUUGGCUGUUUUUCCAAAGGAGAGGAAGAAAAAGAGGAGGAACAAAAAGACAUCGACGAAGGGAAAGAAGGAAGGAAGGAGAGGGAGAGAGAGAGCGAGCGAGGGAGGGAGGGAGGGAAGCCCGCGGCGCCUUCUCGGUCUCCUUUCCCUUGGAAGCCCGCCGUUCACUAUGAGCUUACGCGCCUUCCGCACUGCAAGCCGGGGGGAUUUCGCGCAUCAGUCCCGGGUCUCCGUCUUGCAAGCCUUGCUUUGGAUUUUAUGUGCCGCCGCCGCCGGGUGCAGAGCCGAGCAGUAUUUCAAUGUAGAGGUGUGGUUACAAAAGUACGGCUACCUUCCACCAACUGACCCCAGAAUGUCGGUGUUGCGCACUGCGGAGACAAUGAAAUCUGCAAUCGCUGCUAUGCAGCAAUUCUAUGGCAUUAACAUGACAGGAAAAGUGGACAGGAACACAAUUGACUGGAUGAAGAAGCCUCGUUGUGGAGUGCCUGAUCAGACGAGAGGCAACUCUCGAUUUAAUAUUCGUCGAAAGCGAUAUGCAUUAACAGGACAGAAGUGGCAACACAAACAUAUCACUUACAGCAUAAAGAACGUCACUCCAAAAGUAGGAGAUGCAGAAACCCGCAAAGCUAUUCGCCGUGCCUUUGACGUGUGGCAGAAUGUAACCCCUCUGACCUUUGAGGAAGUUCCUUAUAUUGAACUGGAGAAUGGCAAGAGGGACGUGGAUAUUACUAUCAUUUUUGCAUCAGGUUUUCAUGGAGACAGCUCUCCCUUUGAUGGAGAAGGAGGAUUUUUGGCUCAUGCUUACUUUCCUGGACCAGGAAUUGGAGGAGAUACUCAUUUUGAUUCAGAUGAACCAUGGACAUUGGGAAACCCUAAUCAUGAUGGAAAUGACUUGUUUCUAGUUGCAGUUCAUGAACUGGGGCAUGCACUAGGCUUGGAGCAUUCCAAUGAUCCAACCGCCAUCAUGGCUCCAUUUUACCAGUACAUGGAAACAGACAACUUCAAACUACCUAAUGAUGAUUUGCAGGGAAUCCAAAAGAUUUAUGGUCCACCUGACAAAAUCUCACCACCAACAAAACCUCUGCCAACAGUGCCGCCACAUCGUUCUGUCCCCCCAGUUGACCCACGGAAGAAUGACAGACCCAAACCUCCCCGGCAACCCCCAGGAGACAAGCCUCCCUAUCCUGGAGCCAAACCCAACAUCUGUGAUGGAAAUUUUAAUACUCUUGCUAUUCUUCGUCGAGAAAUGUUUGUUUUCAAGGAUCAAUGGUUUUGGCGUGUCAGAAAUAACAGGGUGAUGGAUGGAUACCCCAUGCAGAUUACUUACUUCUGGAGAGGACUUCCUCCAAGUAUUGAUGCUGUUUAUGAAAACAGUGACGGGAAUUUUGUAUUCUUUAAAGGUAACAAGUUCUGGGUCUUCAAGGACACCACGCUCCAGCCAGGGUAUCCUCAUGAUUUGAUAACAUUGGGGAAUGGGAUUCCACCCCAUGGGAUUGAUUCAGCAAUUUGGUGGGAGGAUGUUGGGAAAACAUACUUCUUUAAAGGAGACAGGUACUGGAGAUACAGUGAAGAUAUAAGGACUAUGGAUGCUGGUUACCCUAAACCAAUCACAAUUUGGAAAGGUAUCCCAGAAUCACCUCAGGGAGCCUUUAUCCACAAAGAAAAUGGCUUCACAUAUUUUUACAAAGGCAAAGAAUACUGGAAAUUCAACAACCAGAUGCUCAGGGUGGAACCUGGAUAUCCCAGAUCCAUCCUCAAGGAUUUUAUGGGCUGUGAUGGACCAGCAGACCGAGACAAAGAUCGACAUAGCCCACAAGAUGAUGUAGACAUUGUCAUCAAACUGGACAACACAGCUAGCACUGUGAAAGCCAUAGCCAUUGUCAUUCCUUGCAUUCUGGCCCUGUGCCUACUUGUUUUGGUUUACACUGUGUUCCAGUUCAAGAGGAAAGGAACACCUCGCCACAUACUGUACUGCAAACGCUCUAUGCAAGAGUGGGUGUGAUGUAGGUUAUUUUUCUCUCCCAGGAGUUUGUGGUAACUUGAGAUUCAACAAAAGAGCUGUUAUGCGGUUUCCUACCUAGGAGCAGGCAUCUGUCCGCCUCAGCCAGGGCUGAUUUUUAAAACCCAGGGGGCUGCUUGCCCUGCACAAGAGUGAGAGUUCACUCCAGUGGGAAGCUUCCAUCGUACACAGUAUCUACUGUUCCUCCAGUCCUUUGUCUUUCUUUGCCAUUUGGUUCUAGCCUUUCCUCUGCACGCUCAAUACCCAAUGGAAAACUAUCAGGAUUUUCAUAAGGAGGAAGUGUAACAAUAAAAGCAAGAAGAAUCUCCAGUGUUUCUGUUGGGGAAUUCUAUCUUCCCCCCUUAAGGCCUGCUCCCCUUUGAAAGAAUUUUGUGUGAGAUUUUUUUAAAGAAAAAUGUAAUCAAUUUUUUUAAGAAAGAAAAGAUUCCGCAACUAUAAAACAACAAUCACAAUGGAACUUUCAGGAAGUAUGAAGACCCAAAACAGCUUUGUCUCCAAAGAGGAUUGCUUUCUGUCAGUUACGUUUAUAGUCCUACACUCCUACAUUUAAUUUUUGUCAAGUGGGAGGCCAGGAUGACACACAGGAACUCAGACUGUUUGGACAGCCAUUUUCCAACAAACAAGGGGCCAAAAUAUCUGCAAUAUAGUAACAGCCUUAAUGAUACAUUCAUUUUGUGUUUUAUACAGCCGUUCUGAGCUAUGUCCUCAAUGUUUUAACACAUUUAUAUUCAUUACUGUAUUCAGAUAGUACUUUUUUAUUGAUUGGUUUAGCUUUUUGUUGGUUUCAUUUCCUCCAUCCCCCCCCCCCCCCCCAAAACCCAUCUUUAAUUUUUCUUCCCUUUGAGCUGUACCAGAUUAGGCCUUCCAUUGGUCUAUCAGGAUCGCAUAUUUUAAAACCUUAAUAGAAAGCAGCAAGUCCCUGAAGAACAAUGCAGUGAAUUAAAGUGACGAUGUUGCAAAGAAA